UGACCUGCUGGAAUUUUCCCUUCUGAACUCACACCUAACUCCUCCAAUUAUGUACACCUUUUGAAAGUGACAUCCAAGGAGUAUCAGGGCUCCUAAUUCCUGGGGUCUCCCCAGGCUGCUUUUCUCCUGCAAUAAAGAGGGCACCCUGGGUUAGCUGACGAGCCCUGGAGUAGGCCCAGCUGCUGACGGGGUGGGGGCACCCCUGCCCAUGGUGUUAGCUGAGCAGAGGUGAGAGAUGGGAGACAUCAAAGCACAGGCCAGGUGGCCCCCCAGUAGGGAUGACUCAGAGUUGUUUGUAUUGGGCUGGAGGAAUGUACUUCCAGUUUUCUGGCAACAAGGAGGGGUGGCUGGCACGGUGGGAGAGGAUCGGAUGAAGCAGCCAUGUCCGUGCCCAGGAGUUGGGGCCGCCUUGCUGCCCUCCCUCCCCAUUUUCUUGCAGUAGCCAUUAUACCCAUCCUGUUCACUUCUGGACCCAGCCUUCUUGCCUGGGAACCCUGGUGGAGGUUUCGAGCUUGGGUUCUUUUUGUUGGUGUUGGUGGGUUUUGUUUUUUUUGUUUUGUUUUGUUUUUGUUUUUGUUUUUUUGGUCUCUUGACUGUAAAAGGCCGAAGUGAAACUCCCACCUUUUCAUUUGCACAAAAAACAAAAGUGGCCUCCAUUGCUGUGAGCUUCUCAAGGGACAGGGCCGAGCACCCAGGCUUGUACAAAGUUGUUCAGGAAGUUGGCAGUGAAGCUGGGGUGUGAACCCAGUUGCCCACCCUCAGGCCCCGCCCAAGAGCCCCACAAACAAACCCUCAGUGACUCCUACCUGUCUAUACCUGGUGUAACCACACACACACACACAGACACACACGCACACACAGACACACACACACAGACACAGAUACAGAUACAAACACACAAGACACACACAGACUCACACAGACACACACACAGACACUCACUCUCUUUCUUUCCAGCCCAGGAGGGGGACUUCUGUUCCUGUAAGAGGAGGAAUAAAUCACACUACAAAUGCUUUGGGUGACGCACUUGAGGCCCGAGUCGUGCUCUGGGGUCAGUGGUGCUGUUUUUCCCGUGGAUUCUCUGGAUACUGUGGUGGCCUCUCCGUCCUCCUUGCUGCGUAAACUCUGCCCCAGACAAGGUGACAGAUGACAGCAGAAGUCAAGGAGCCUUGCACGCCUGCCCCUGUGAGUACUCAGGAAGCUGCACUGUGUGGCCUGGAGCCGUCUAUCUGUCCUUCCAGCCACCUCUCUGUCCAACCACCCUUCCACAGACUGAGGCUUGACGCCGGAGCAUCUGUACAGAGCAAGGAGAAGACAAGAACAUGCUCUAAAGCCCUUCACAGCAAGACCCAGGAAGCUGCGGGCAAACUCAGACUCGAAGCCCUCCCGCCUCCUGCCCACAAUGGCCUCUGCUGACAAGAAUGGCGGGAGCGUGUCCUCUGUGUCCAGCAGCCGCCUGCAGAGCCGGAAGCCACCCAACCUCUCCAUCACCAUCCCGCCACCCGAGAAAGAGACUCAGGCCCCUGGCGAGCAGGACAGCAUGCUGCCUGAGAGGAAGAACCCAGCCUACUUGAAGAGCGUCAGCCUCCAGGAGCCACGCAGCCGAUGGCAGGAGAGCUCAGAGAAGCGCCCCGGCUUCCGCCGCCAGGCCUCACUGUCCCAGAGCAUCCGCAAGGGCGCAGCCCAGUGGUUUGGAGUCAGCGGCGACUGGGAGGGGCAGCGGCAGCACUGGCAGCUCCGCAGCCUGCACCACUGCAGCGUGCGCUACGGCCGCCUGAAGGCCUCGUGCCAGCGUGACCUGGAGCUCCCCAGCCAGGAGGUGCCGUCCUUCCAGGGCACUGAGUCCCCAAAGCCCUGCAAGAUGCCUAAGAUUGUGGAUCCGCUGGCCCGGGGCCGGGCCUUCCGUCACCCAGAGGAAAUGGACAGGCCCCAUGCCCCGCACCCACCGCUGACCCCCGGAGUCCUGUCCCUCACCUCCUUCACCAGUGUCCGUUCUGGCUACUCCCACCUGCCGCGCCGCAAGAGAAUGUCUGUGGCCCACAUGAGCUUUCAAGCUGCUGCUGCCCUCCUCAAGGGGCGCUCGGUGCUGGAUGCCACCGGACAGCGGUGCCGGGUGAUCAAGCGCAGCUUUGCCUUCCCGAGCUUCCUGGAGGAGGAUGUGGUCGAUGGGGCAGACACGUUUGACUCCUCGUUUUUUAGUAAGGAAGAAAUGAGCUCCAUGCCUGAUGAUGUCUUUGAGUCCCCCCCACUCUCUGCCAGCUACUUCCGAGGGAUCCCACACUCAGCCUCCCCUGUCUCCCCCGAUGGGGUGCAAAUCCCUCUGAAGGAGUGUGGCCGAGCCCCAGUCCCCGGGCCCCGGCGUGGCAAGCGCAUCGCCUCCAAGGUGAAGCACUUUGCCUUUGAUCGGAAGAAGCGGCACUAUGGCCUCGGCGUGGUGGGCAACUGGCUGAACCGCAGCUACCGCCGCAGCAUCAGCAGCACUGUGCAGCGGCAGCUGGAGAGCUUCGACAGCCACCGGCCCUACUUCACCUACUGGCUGACCUUCGUCCAUGUAAUCAUCACGCUGCUGGUGAUUUGCACGUAUGGCAUCGCACCCGUGGGCUUUGCCCAGCACGUCACCACCCAGCUGGUGCUGCGGAACAAAGGUGUGUACGAGAGCGUGAAGUACAUCCAGCAGGAGAACUUCUGGGUCGGCCCCAGCUCGAUUGACCUGAUCCACCUGGGGGCCAAGUUCUCGCCCUGCAUCCGGAAGGACCGGCAGAUCGAGCAGCUGGUGCUGCGGGAGCGAGACCUGGAGCGGGACUCAGGCUGCUGUGUCCAGAAUGACCACUCUGGCUGCAUCCAGACCCAGCGGAAGGACUGCUCGGAGACUUUGGCCACUUUUGUCAAGUGGCAGGAUGACACUGGGCCCCCCAUGGACAAGUCUGAUCUGGGCCAGAAGCGGACUUCGGGGGCUGUCUGCCACCAGGACCCCAGAACCUGUGAGGAGCCAGCCUCCAGCGGUGCCCACAUCUGGCCCGAUGACAUCACUAAGUGGCCGAUCUGCACAGAGCAGGCCAGGAGCAACCACACAGGCUUCCUGCACAUGGACUGCCAGAUCAAGGGCCGCCCCUGCUGCAUCGGCACCAAGGGCAGCUGUGAGAUCACCACCCGGGAAUACUGUGAGUUCAUGCACGGCUAUUUCCAUGAGGAAGCAACGCUCUGCUCCCAGGUGCACUGCUUGGACAAGGUGUGUGGGCUGCUGCCCUUCCUCAACCCUGAGGUCCCAGAUCAGUUCUACAGGCUCUGGCUGUCUCUCUUCCUACACGCUGGCGUAGUGCACUGCCUCGUGUCUGUGGUCUUUCAAAUGACCAUCCUGAGGGACCUGGAGAAGCUGGCCGGCUGGCACCGUAUCGCCAUCAUCUUCAUCCUCAGUGGCAUCACAGGCAACCUCGCCAGUGCCAUCUUCCUCCCAUACCGGGCAGAGGUGGGCCCGGCCGGCUCACAGUUCGGCCUCCUCGCCUGCCUCUUCGUGGAGCUCUUCCAGAGCUGGCCGCUGCUGGAGAGGCCCUGGAAGGCCUUCCUCAACCUCUCGGCCAUCGUGCUCUUCCUGUUCAUCUGCGGCCUCCUGCCCUGGAUCGACAACAUCGCCCACAUCUUCGGCUUCCUCAGUGGCCUGCUGCUGGCCUUCGCCUUCCUGCCCUAUAUCACCUUCGGCACCAGCGACAAGUACCGCAAGCGGGCACUCAUCCUGGUGUCACUGCUGGCCUUUGCCGGCCUCUUUGCCGCCCUUGUGCUCUGGCUGUACAUCUACCCCAUUAACUGGCCCUGGAUCGAGCACCUCACCUGCUUCCCCUUCACCAGCCGCUUCUGCGAGAAGUAUGAGCUGGACCAGGUGCUGCACUGACCGCCGGGCCACGCGGCUGCCCCUCAGCACUUCUGGAACAGGGUCUGCCUGCGAGGGCUGCCCUCUGCAGAGCGCUCCGUGUGCCAGAGAGCCAGAGACCCAAGACAGGGCCAGGCUCUGGACCCGGGUCCCCCCCUGCGAGGUGAGGCUGACUCCGCGUGAGAUGGUUAAGGCAGGGUUUUUCGGGGGCGUGAGGCCUGUGUGAUCCUGGCCCAAGCUUGGGCACACCCAAGGCACCUGCCUCUCUGAGCCUUGGGUCUCAGGUCCUAAUAUCCCGCUCCUUGCUGGGACCAUCUCCUGGGGCAGGGUCCUUUUCUUCCCAGGGUCCUCAGCGCUGCCUCUGCUGGUGCCUUCUCCCCCACUACUACUGGAGCGUGCCCUUGCUGGGGACGUGGCUGUGCCCUCAGUUGCCCCCAGGGCUGGGUGCCCACCAUGCCCCUUCCUGUUUCUCCUCCUACCUCUGCCCUGUGAGCCCAUCCAUAAGGCUCUCAGAUGGGACAUUGUGGGAAAGGCUUUGGCCAUGGUCUGGGGGCAGAGAACAAGCGGGGAGACACAAGCAGACCUCAGGUAGAAUGAGACUGGGCGGAGCCACCCCAGGGCCUGCUCCCAGGGGGUGCUUGAGAUGCAUCAGGCCUGUUUUUUACCAGUUUAUAUCACGGUCUUCAUUUUUAAAAGUAACGCUAACUUUGUACGGAUGAUGUCUCAUGGAUUAAAUAAUAUUCUUUAUGGCA